CAUGAGUUCAAAAUCUGCCCCAAAGCAGAAGACAUGACAUGCUGACGUAAAGAUGCUGACGGAAAUGUUGUUUCAGGAUUGCAAUCAAUCAUUUCUUUGGCACGAUUGAGGAACACAUUUUCGUUCCUUGGCAGGAUCUUUGAACUUGACUACGUCUUAGUCAGUCGCAGAAAAAUUCAAGAAGGUAUUACAUAAGACGCAUCCUCACACAAGUUCUGCUGUAAGCUUUCAAUCGCGGCAAUUGAUCGCGAGAUCUCGAAGGUUUUAGGUUAUUUGGUGCAUGCAGCACGUUGAAGCGUACCACAAAAAAAACAGUUCAACCUUCUAAGAACUGAGUUGCUGUUGAACAGUUCUCAUUGCUGACCAGGUUAACUAAACUAAGUGGUUCUUAACCGGCCCCGGUGUCGAGUUGUUUAGAGGCGUUGGAUGUAAACAAACUUAGGAGAUCACAUCGUACCAAGAAACUGUGGCUAACCAAACCCGUAAUAGUGCUGAUGUUAACAUGGUUUUCGCCUCCGACGUAGAUUUGGUAGGGCGUGUAAGUGUCGCAUUUCAAACUCUCAUUCAGGUGUAACAGCGACAGGAAAAAAAAAAUUCAACACCUUGAGGAAGGAAGCUAAUACUUGGACCAUUCACUGUGUAACCAUAGAGACGACCUAUCACUGACUAUUUUGGAGAAUAUUUGAUGCAAAUCCGAGGAUGUUGUGAGAGUAUACGCGGUUCCGUUCGUCGAGGUUGGAAGUCUCGCCAAACAGAGAGAAAACAAACACGAACUUGUAAAUCAAUAACAAAGGUGUUUCAUUGUUAUAUCAGUGACGGUAAAUCGGAAUUCGUGUAGAGCGUUGGCGAAAACCAAGCAAUACGAAGAUUGAGGCGCGAGAUAAAAUCAUGUAAAACUUUUAGCUGAAUCAAUUUCUGGCCAUAGAGAAUCGAGUUUGAUAGUUAUUCAACAGCAUUUUGACGCUAAAUGCUUGACCAUCAGUCGGACAAUACUACAGGUUGCACCAAGGCGGUCGCAAUGUCUUCUGAUGACUCGCGUUCGCCAGUUGCCAUCGCCAUACAAGCAGCGUUCAUGUUCAUCAUAAUUCUCUCUUCCCUGGUGGGCAACACACUAAUCGUCCUCGCUAUGUAUCGAAAUCUCAGCCUUCGAAGCAUCACCAGCGUGUUCAUAGCAAAUCUUGCCGUGGCGGACUUCCUCUUGGCCCUUCUGGGAAUGCCAUUCACUAUGGCUUCGUCCAUCACGUACGACUGGAUUUUCGGGCCCGUAUGGUGCACCAUAAACGGCAUGUUCAAUUCCAUCUUUUGCAUUGCUUCAAUGCUCUCCCUUGCUGCUGUAUCUAUUGACCGAUACGUUGCAAUCAUCAAGCCACUUCAGUAUCCUCUGAUAAUGACCUCUCGCGUUGCCUUCGGUAUGAUAUCGUAUGUUUGGCUUCACGCAAUCAUUCUCUCUUUCUUGCCCGUUUUUGGCUGGUCCAAGUACAUCUACAUCGCAAACGAGUCGAUCUGCACUGCUGACUGGGGAUCAGACAUCCCUUACACCUUAUUUAUCUUUGCGUCGAGCUUUUUUGCUCCAUUUAUGGUGAUGGCCUAUUGCUAUUAUCACAUUCUUCGUGCAGCGAAAAGGCAAUCCAAGACAAUUGUUCCACGUGUCGGAGAACUUAGAGAUGAGACACUGCAAACAAUGGUGGCUGUACCGGUGGCUUUUGGAACUAAAAAAGGAAAAGUUUCGGAUCCUCCGCCAUCAGCUGCGGAUAAAGCCAAAGAAAGGGAGGAGAAAGAGAAGUUUAACAGAGAAACACGGGCGGCAAAAACGCUUCUAAUAGUGAUGGGUACCUUCUUUUUUUGCUGGGCACCUCACUUUAUUGGAAUGAUUUGUUUACUUUUUCCAAGCUGCAAUUGGCCUGAUGCGUUCUUUGCGACUACAACAUGGCUGGCUAUGUUGAACAGCGGGUGUAAUCCAAUUAUUUAUGGCGUGAUGAACAAAAAAUUCAGACAGAGUUUCAAAGAUAUACUCAUGUGUCGGAAAAGAACUAACAGGAACUACACUCAUAGGGAGAUGAGUAGUUCUUCUUGACCGUUCUUCGGCGGCUAUCUAUGCCAAGCAAGAAGUUUAUCGAUCAAAACAGUUAAAUAAGAAUGGGGGCGAAAUUUUCUAAGGUGAUUUCGAUAAAGUAAACCAGUUUUUUUGUUGAAAAGAUUCGCUUCCAGAUAAUGUGUUUCCAUUACGGGCGAAGAAUCUUCUCAAAUUUCCAUCAGUCCCGGCCGGCUUGGUGUGUACUCUGGUUGUCAUGAAAGGUUUUGUAACCGGAUCAGAAAAAAAAUCCUUUUUAGUAAAGACCGAUGAAAUCUUGUGCACACUUACUAAACUUAGCUUUAGUGGGAGAACAUUAUGCUCAUCCCAAGAGGAUGAAGAUUUUGCUGUGGCAGUGGAGUUUUAAUCUAGACAGGAGACAAAUAACGAGGCAGACAUUAUUUUAGCGAUACUCUGCCGAAGGCUACGCUUAAAACACAAUUCAACAUUAAAAGUCAAAUUUGCAUGAAAAUCUUGUGAGCCCCUGUGGGUUGUUAAUCUCAGUAACAGAAGCCAUUCUCUAAUAAAAGACAAAAACCACUGGC